CUAAAGCUGUUUAAAUAAAUAGAGCAAAUUUAUUUGAGUUCUUAAGAAAAUCAAAAUCAAUUUUUUUCACAAAACAGUACUAAGUUUUCACGCUGCAGUUAUUUGCAAAUCAGCUGGUUGCAAAUGAAAAAAUGUCUAAAAGUUUUAGAGUGAAUCUCCAAUAUCAUUACAGCGAAGGAAAUAUCGAUAGUUAUGUUAACAAUAUUAUCAAGUACAAACUCGGAGGAUUUAAGAAAGAUGAACAUUCUAAUGACUAUAAAUUUCUUCUUAACAAUAAGUUUGGAGUAGGUUACAACUCAUAUUUCGUUCUGUACUUGGGAUCGAAGGAUAGUGCUGGUAAACCUUUAUUAGAUUUUUUUUUUGAUAAAUCAAAACAGCCUGUUCCUGAGAAGAGAGAUGAUUGUAAAGAUGUUUUUGGUGAAUUAAUGCCGGUAAUGUUAUCUGAAAAAAAUUGCAAAGCAAAAAUAUUGUUUCCUUUCAAUAUAACUAAUAAUCACUGGCUUAUUGGAGAAAUUGAUUUAGAUAAAAAAGAUGAUUACGUUUCAGUAAUAAUAUACACACACAAUCCUUAUGGUGGUGGACAGAUGUCAAAAAAGAACUUUAGCAUACUCAAUAACUCUUUGCAGGAAAUCAUAGAAAUAAAUGGUUUGAAGGUAACCUCAAUAACCAGUCUGCCAAGUCCUUUUACUAAUGCUAGACAAACAAUGACAGAUGAUACAUCUUGUGGCGUAAUUGUUGCUGAUGAGCUAGUGAAAAGAAUAACCGAGAAAAGCCUUACCAUAUCAUCACCUUAUCCACAAGGUGCCGAGCAGUUACGUAUAUCACAGCUUACUUUUCUACAAGAAAUUUUAGGAGAAGGUAAUCUACAUUAUCAGCUCUUUAAAAAACAAGUUACGCUUAAAGAAACUUAUAUAAAUGAAAAUUCAUCUAUAGCCCUUGUAGACUACGUUGUAAAACCAACAAUAGAAGCAAGGCUAUCAAUAGAAGAAGUAAAAGAAAAAGUAGAACAAGUAUUAAGUUCAAAAGAAAGCAACAUUAAUAAAAUUAUUCAACUAAACAAAAUAGAGGAAAACCACUAUAAACCUUUGAUCCAGCAACUAGCUUAUAAAGAGAGUCAAGAAGAACUAAAGGAUUUAGUUAUAGUUCUUAUGGAUUUAGGCUAUUUAACCGCCAAGCUAGGAGAUUUAAGUCGCGAACUAAAAUAUUACAACGAAGCUGCAAUAUUUUAUCAAUAUGUUAAUAUUAUACUAGAUGAAAAGUUAAAAGAGAACAAAAAUGAGUUUAUAACACAACAUUUAGUAAAUCCAUAUAAACAACUAUCCGAUAUACAACAGGUGAUAUACUCCAUAAUUGGUGGAAACCAAGAAAAAAUGACGGUUGUUCAAGAAGAAGCGCAAGCUAAUAAAGAUCUGUUAUUAGCAUUGCGAAAAAAGACUGAUUUCUAUAUGGAGCAGAUAGAAACUCGUUGUCACCAAGUAAAAAUUGAUACCCAACAAGAGAAAGAAAAAUAUACAGAGUUUUACGUUAAUGCCACAAGAGCACUCAUUGGAUAUAUAACUAAAUACAUGAAAAAGUUUUUAGCUAAGUUGUAUAGCGCUAGUGAACAACAAAUAACAGUUCCUUCACCUUGUAAAUAUGCAAUAGUAGGACUUGGUUCGAUGGCACUACAGCAAAUGACGCCAUACUCAGAUUUGGAGUUUGCUAUUCUUACUGAGAAUGAGGAUUACAAAAAAAGUGAUGACCCAAAAAUAAGGGAGUAUUUUAAGAACUUAAGCCAAUUAGUAAACUUUAAGGUUAUCAAUAUAGGAGAGAGCAUCAUUCCUACCAGUAAGUAUAAACUAGAUAUGAGCCACCUAGUACAUGUAGGAGUUAAUUUCGAUCUAGGAGGCAAAACACCACUUGGAAGAAUAAAUCAUGAUAAACCGUAUGAGCUCAUAAAAACUGUAGAUUGGAUGCUACAUUAUGUGCUAAAUAAAGAAAAUAAAUCAUGUCAUAUAGAUAAAAACUUACCAUAUAUCCUAGAAAAUGUUUGUUAUGUGUAUGGAGAUGAGAAUCUUGUAAAAACUUAUCAAGACAAAGUUACAAUGUUUUUGCACAGUGUAAGUAUAGAAGACCCACACAAUAGAUUAAACUGUGAGAUGAGAGCAAUUAAGAUAUUACAAGAAGGUACGGUAGAAUUUGAUUAUCUUCAGAAAACGCCGAAUCUAAAGCCUAAAGAAACGUUUUUUAAAGGUGAUUUAAUUAAAUUAGAACCUAACUUAUUAAAUACUAAAGGCAGAUUAGUUGAUGUGAAGCAGGAGAUCUACCGGUUACUUGAUCGCAUGGCGUAUAAUCUUGGUUUGUAUUAUGGUAUUGAAGGAAAGAGUGCGUGGGACACAGUAGAUAAACUAAUGGAUCAAGGAAUAAUUACUCAACAAGCAGCAGCUAAUCUUAAAUAUGCCAUAACCUUUGCCACUACCCUGAGAAUAAAGACUUAUUCGCACAAUAAAGCGCAGAAGGAUGAUUUGUCAAUAUUUGUCAAACCAGCUGAAACUGAAUCUGAGCUUAAAGAACAAACUAAACAGAUAUUCCAUUUAUCUAAAGUUGAUUUAGGAGAACAAGGUAGUUUGUUUCAAUAUUUUUAUACAGCAUUACCUUUACAUGAAAAAGUAAAAGAGUUUUGUGAUCAACACAAAACCUUAACUAAUGAAAAUAAGCAAGUUUUUUUUCGAAACACUGAGUUUUAUAAAGAUGAUUUUACUAAUAAAGGCUUUAUUCAUUUUAGAUUAGCGCAAUAUAUGGAAGCUCAAAAUAAUUUAGAAGAGGCAAAAAAAGACCAAAACAAUCAAUAUAAUUUACAAAUAGGAUAUACUUUAGGAAAAAUAUAUAUUAACUUUGGUAAUAACGAAAAGGCUAUCAAUCAACUAGAGAGGUGUUUAGAGAUUGAAAAACUGAUUUACCAAAAUGAACCUCACCCUGCUGUUGCUAUUUCUUUAAAUAAUCUAGGGUUAGCCUAUAGAGCAAAAGGACAAUAUGAUCAAGCAAUUUACUAUUGUGAGCAGAGCCUAAAGAUGAACAAACUUAUCUACAAAGAUGCACAUCAACCUGAUGUUGCAGCAUUAUUAAAUAAUCUAGGAGCACUCUAUAGUGAUAAAGGGCAAUAUGAUCAGGCAAUUAGCUAUCUUGACGAAAGCCUAAAGAUUCAAAAUUUAAUCUACCUAAGUGAACCUCAACAUAGUGUUGCCGAAACUUUAAAUAAUCUAGCGUCUGUUUAUGAUGCUAAAGGACAAUAUAAUCACGCGAUUAACUACUACGAGGAGUGCCUGAAGAUUCAAAAACUCAUCUACCAAGAUGAACCUCACCAUGAUAUUGCUACUUCAUUAAAUAGUCUAGGGUCAGUUUAUCAAGCUAAAGGACAAUACAAUCAGGCAUUUAAAUAUUAUGAAAAGAGCUUAAAGAUGAAAAAACUUAUCUACCAAAAUGAACCUCACCCUGAUAUUGCUAACUCUUUAAAUAAUCUAGGCUCAUUUUAUAGCACAAAAGGACAAUAUGAUCAAGCAGUUUACUACCAUAAGAAGAGUCUAAAAAUGAAUAAACUCAUCUAUCGUGAUGAAGCUCACCCUAAUAUUGCUAUUUCUUUAAAUAAUCUAGGGUUAGUUUAUAGAACUAAAGGACAAUAUGAUAAGGCAAUAAAGUACUGUGAGCAAAGUCUAAAUAUGGAAAAACAAAUUUAUCUAGAUAAACCUCACCCUAAAAUUGCUGCUUCUUUAAAUAAUUUAGGGUUAGCUCAUAAUUCUAAAAGACAAUAUGAUCAGGCAAUAAACUACCAUGAGCAAAGCCUAAUGGUACUAAAACUCAUCUACCAAGAUAAACCUCACCCUAUGGUUGCUGUUUCUUUAAACAAUUUAGGUUCAGCUUAUCAAGCUAAAGGACAAUAUGAUCUUUCAAUUAACUACUAUGACCAGAGCCUACAAAUUCAAAAACUCAUCUAUCAAGAUGAACCUCACGCUGAUAUUGCGACAUCUUUAAGUAAUCUUGGGUUAGCUUAUGAAGAUAAAGGACAGUAUGAUCUAGCUAUUAACUAUUAUUACGAAAGUCUAAAGAUUCAAAAACUAAUUUACCAAAAUGAACAUCACCCUAAUGUUGCUGCUUCUUUGAACAAUCUUGGUUCAGCCUAUCUAGGUAAAGAACAAUAUGAUCAGUCAAUUAACUAUUAUGAGAAGAGCCUAAAAAUGAAAAAUUUCAUCUACCAAGAUAAACCUCACCCUGAUGUUGCUAAUACUUUAUUUAAUCUAGGGUUAGCUUAUAAAUAUAAAGGGCAAUAUGAUCAGGCAAUUAACUGCUAUGAAAAGAGCUUAAAGGUUCUUAAAUCCAUCAACCAAAAUAAGCCUAAUUCUGAUCUUGCUGUUUGUUUAUACAAUCUUGGGUUAGCUUAUGAAGCUAAACAACAAUAUGAUCAGGCAGCUAACUACUACAAAGAGUGUCUAGAGAUUCAAAAACUCAUCAAUUAAGACUAGCUCAUCUUGAUGUUGGUACAUCUUAUUAUAAUUUAACUAAAUAACUACUUUAAACAGAGUCUAAAGAUGGAAAACCUCAUCUAGCAAGAUAAACCUCAAAGUAUAUUUGUUACUUUUUUAUAUAACAGGUAAGUCUAUCAGGCUAAAGAAACAUAUAAUUAGACGAUAAAAUAUUCCGGUGAAAGUCUAAUAAUAAAUAAACUUAUCUGCAAAGAUGAAACUCACCCAAAUUUAUGGUCAUUUUUUAUUUCUAUAAAUAAUACAGCGGCGUUAUUGACUUCUAAGGCAGAGUCUAAAUAUAAAUAAGCUCAUCAUGAUAAACCUUAACCUAAGUUUUCUGCUUCAUUAAAUAACUUAGGAUUAACUUUAAAUGUAAAAGACAACAUGAUAACUUACUAAAACCAGAGUCCAAUUAUUCAAAAAAUCAUUUAACAAAUUGAACUUUACCUUAAUGUUGCUUUUUUUUAAAUGAUUUAUGAUUUGCUUAUUUAGCAAAAGAGCAAGAUGAUCAAUUAACUACUCUGAGCCCAAAGAUUCAAAAACACACAUAGACUUAAUGUUAUCCUGAUGUAGCUACAUUUUUAAUUCUUUAGGGUUAGCUUAUAGAAAAGAUAUACAUAAUCAGAAAAAAAACUACUGUGAGAGAGCCUAAAGAUUCAAAAUUUUAUCAACCGAGAUGGCCCUCACCCUAGCGUUACUAAUUUAAUUAUUAAUCAAAUGUUACCUUAUUUAGCUAAAUGAAAAAGAAGCAGGCAAUUAAAAACUAUAAGAUGAGCCUAAAGAUUUUAAAAGUCAACAAAAUCAAAAAUACCCUAAUUUGGCUGCAUCAUUUAAUAAACUAGAGUUGGCUCAUCAAGCUAAAAUAAAAUAUGGAUACUACUAUCUACUAUAAAGAAAGGCUAUGUAUAUAAAAACUCACCUACCAAGUUAAACCUCAAUCUUAUGUCGUUGUUUCUUUCAAUAAUCUAAGAUGAUAAAGUUAAAUAACAAUAUGAUUAGGCUAUUUACUACUGUGAGAAGAGUCUAAAGAGGAUUAUACUAUUUUACCAAAAUGUACCUUGCCAUAAUCUUGCUGUUUUGUUAAAUACUCUAUAAUUAGCUUAUAAUAAUAAAAAAAAAAACAAUAGGUAAUUGGCUACAAUAUAUAGAGCUUAAAGAUUCAAAAACUCAUCUACGAAGACUAACCUCACCCUGGUGUUGCUGUUUCUUUUACAAAUCAAGGGUAAGCUUAUAAAACUAAGGGACAAUAGUAUCAGGUGAUUAACUAAUUUGAACACAGUCUAAAGAUGAAUUAACUUAUUUGCCAAAAAGAGCCUCAACUGAUUGUUUUAUUAUAAAAAUAUAAUAAACAAUCAGUUGAUUGACUACUGCAAGCAAAGUCGAAAGAUUAAAAAUCUCAUUUAACAUGAUAAAUCUCAACCUAAACUCUACCACAACAUUAAAAAUCAUCUAGGAUUAGCAUAUAGAGUUAAAGGACAAUUCAAUCAGGCUAAAAACUACUGUGAGCAUAAUUCAAAGAUGGAUAAACUCGUUACCAAAAAGAAUCCCAACUGUUGCUACUAUAUAAUUUAGUUUGAGCUUAUUAAGCUAAAAGACAAUCGGAUAGGCAAUUUACUACUAUAUUGAGAGCCUAAAAAUUCCAUAACUCAUCAAUCAAAAAUGAGUUAUUAGCGGGACAGAUGUCCUGAUUUACAAUACAAAUUAAAUGACAACAUUUUAGUGAAAGUAAAAUAUUGAAGACAAACCCAUUCAUUUUUAUUGUGGACUUAAUACUAUGUGAAUUAAAAAAAUUUGCAAAACUUUAUAUAUUUAUUGGAAAUUUAUUACCAUUCUAUAGCGAAUUAAAAGUUAUUGAUUCUAAUGCGCUAAACAAAAAAAUGUCAAAAUCCUAAAGUAUAAAUAUUAAAACCUCGAUUUUGAUCAUCUUUUAAAUCUAAAGCUUUGGCUGCUGAUCAAAACCACGAGACACGUUUGAAACUACACAAAAGUUCAUUCAAAACAUUUGGAAAAUGUCCUAUAUAUAUCCUAUAAAUGUUAGUGUAUGGUUAGGAGAGAGUUGAGGGAAGUGGAACGCGUGAGAAGUGGAACAACACAAAACUCUAAUUAAGAAUGGUCAUAAUCAAUAUUAACUAAUGAAAACAAUGAUAUAAUAGCUCUCUAUGUAGCAGACAUUGGUUUGUCUUCCUGCGUUUGGAAAAAGCUACAUUUUUGAAAAGUAUCUCUAAAAAAUGAUUUUUCGAGGGGUAGAGCGGGCCAAAAAAAUUAAACGAUCUUCCAUUGUUCCCAAAACAAUUUUGUGUAAAUAUAUUGUGGAAACCUCUUGAAUAUUUUAGUGAAGAUUAAGCGGUUUAUCAUUUUAAUAGAUUUUAAUUAAUAAUUUUUGUUGAUAUGUUGUUAAUUACUUGGUUAUUUCACCUCACCCACUACCUGUUCUACUUUACCCUAUUGUCACGGUUUCUCUAAAAUUAAAAAUUUAUUUUCUUCAUUAUAACCUGCUGUCUAUCUUAGGAGAGGGAAUCAGUGACCGAAUUUUUUUUUUAUUGUUAUUUAGGUGCCUCAAGAAGACCUAACAGUCUUGUCACAGAGCACUGCGGAAGUGCAUUUAACCAGGAAGUUCAUGCCUUCUUUCCUUACCGUGACGCGAAAAUAAGUCCAAGACUCGUUUCGAUCCUGGAUCUCCUGCUUAUAAAGCAAGCACUCUAAUAACUGCACCACGACCACAAAUGAUGCUUUAUUUAUUAAAACUUGUUUGGCGCAGUACAUACAUCAUAUAAAAAAGAUAUUAAAAUUACACUAGAAUUAUGUCCCACCUCUUCCCACUCUCCCUUACUAAUUAUGCAAACAAAAAAGUUCAGUUUUUAAACCUCAACAAAUAAAAAAAUGAGCUUUGUAGCACAAUUGGACAGAGUCACUUAUAUCAAGUUUCUCUAAUAUACAUAGAAAAUGACUUUUUGAAAAGCAUUGAUAUUGACGCUAUGAUUAAAAAAAUUGCGGAAAAAAAAAGAUGUUUUAUUAAUUUGGGAUUACGUUGACAUCUAUCCUGAUUGAAGCACUCAGAAGUUAAACUAUACAAUUUUGAACUACUUUUCUCUUCUAAUAUGACGUAGAAAGUAUUUCUUCAUAAAUGUGUUGUUCCCUUUACUGUUUUUAAAGUUUAAAAAAGCGUGAGGCGUAUUGAGGCGGUUUCACUAUAUGUGAUGCGAAGCGUAAGCCUCAAUGCGCUGCGCAAUGCGCUCAAUAAUACUGAAGAAAAAUCAUUCUUUCAUUAGAAGUUCCAAAAAAAUUAUAGAAGUUCCAAAUUUCAACAGAUUCGAAAUAAACAUGGUCUAAUUUCAUAAGUCAUAACCCAUCAAUGAUCGCCAUUGUCACAAUAACUUGUGCUACUAUUAGGAUCCUCAAGGGGAUUAUCCAUAAUAUUCAAUUUAACCUCUUCUUUUUUUUUCCUUCUCGGCAUA